UAAUCAAUUUAUUGUUAUCAAAUAUGAUUGUUUACAUGAGCUUCGAAAAUAAUUUGUCAAAUUCAAUGAACAAACAAAAAAACAAAAAUCAAAUCAAAUAUAAAAGAUAAUUAAUCUACUGCAGAAAAAAAAAUUAUUAAAUAAAAUCAAAUCAAAUGAGUAAAAACAGUACCAGCAUCGACAAGGAUACAUUUGAAACUAAUAAUUUAUUUGGUUUAGAAAUGCCUGCAGAUUUUUUAAGUAUCGGUUAUGCAUGUAUUGUUGCAAUUGGUGGAAUUAUUGGCUAUGCAAAAGCCGGUAGUCUUCCAUCAUUGAUGGCCGGAUUAGGUUUCGGUGUUGUGUUAAGUAUUGGAGCUUAUUUUUCAUCCGAAAAUCCAAGACAUUAUCAUCUUCUAUUAGCUACUUCACUUGCUUUGGCCGGAUUGAUGGGAUAUCGUUUUUAUAAAACUGGAAAAUUUAUGCCAGCUGGUUUGGUAUUUACAUUAUCAUCAUUUAUGGUGUUACGAUUUUGUCUUCGUUUCAUUACGAAUCGUAAUUAUUUUUGAAAAAAAAACAAAA